AUGAAAUCUAAUGGUAUCCGACAUACUAGGUCAGCCCCGAACCAUCCUGCUACUAACGGUUUAGCAGAGAGAUUCGUCCAGUCAUUUAAAGGAGCUUUAAAGUCAGCCAGAGGAGAGAAGCUUUCCAAACAAGUGAAAUUAGAAAACUUUCUACUAGCAUAUCGUAACGCACCUCAUGCAACAACGGGUGAAAGCCCAGCAAGAUUAUUCUAUGGUAGAGACCUUCGUACAAGAUUGGACAUCAUGCGACCAGACACGCAACAGGUUGUCAUGGAAAGACAGGGUAAACAGAGAGCGACACAUGGUAAAGAAAGAAAUCUUGACAUUGGACAGAAAGUAGUUGCACGUGAUUAUCGAGGUAAAGAUAAAUGGAUAGCUGGCGAAGUUACAAAAAAAAAUGGUCCACUAUCUUAUGACAUAAGGACACAGGAGGGUGGAACUUGGAAGCGGCACAUUGAACAACUUCGAAAAACUACGGCUGCUGAACAGACUGAGGAGAGUAUUAUGCCAACACAAAGAGCACCACAGUUUGGUGAACCAGCAGCAGUUCCGGUGAUGGAGGCACAACGUGAAACAGACAUGGAAAUGAACAAUGAACAAUGUGUGACUGUAAAUGAAACCAUCUACGAGGAAAUUGAAGGUGGUCAAGAAGAAGACGCCACAGGUCCUGACACACAGCUGACAUACAAGAUUGAACCGUCUUCAUGCAGUUUCAAAAUGGAAAAACCAAAACUGCCAACAUUUGAGGGUAACAUUAGAGAAUUCUUCACCUUCAGGCAGGAUUUUAAACAUAUUGUGGUACAGAGGUACUACAAAAGGGAUUCGACCGCAAUGUUACGUACCUGCAUUAAAGGCAGGCCGCUUGAAUGA